GCAGUACUAGGGACGUUGUCGUCAUGACGUAAGACGUAUGUAAGUGCGUCAUGACGUGACAGUUGCUGGUCGACACUUUUCCCUCCUCGUUGACAAAGCUAUCCGGCUAUGCCGAUGUUUAGCUAAAGGUACUCUUAUUGAUCAACAUUUUGAACUCCGUGGCGUCAACACAGUUGGGGGAAGGUCGACGAAGAAACGGGCUCCCAUAACAACGGUGUUAAAGAAGACUUAUGAGGUCCUGCUAGCAGUGCAAGAUGUUCAACAAGUCAUUUGGAACUCCCUUCGGUGGAGGGACGGGGGGGUUUGGCACAGCGUCGACCUUCGGACAGCAAAACGCAGGCUUUGGGGCGACGGGGGGCUUCGGGACGACGGCGUUCGGAGCCACUGCCAACACCGGAGGACUGUUUGGUGCCACACAGAAUAAGCCUGGUGGUCUGUUUGGGUCCAGCACGUUCAGCCAGCCGGCACCGUCCGCCACCACAGCCGGCUUUGGUUUUGGUGCCGCGACCGGCACUUCCACCGGCCUGUUUGGCAGCACCGGGACAGGCACCAGCGGCGGCCUCUUCUCCCAGCAGAGCAAUGCUUUCGGGGCCAAUAAGCCCACCUCGUUUGGAAGCUUUGGGACGAGCACCAGCAGCGGUGGACUGUUUGGGUCGACCAACACCACCUCCAACCCUUUUGGUGGAGGUGGUGUUGCUUCCCUGUUCGGAAGCUCGGGGUUCACCGCCGCUCAGCAGCAGCCAGGAACAACCGUCAAAUUCAACGCGCCAACAGGAAGUGACACGAUGGUGAAAGCAGGCGUGACCACGAGCAUCAAUACCAAGCACCAGUGCAUCACCGCCAUGAAGGAGUACGAGAACAAAUCCCUCGAGGAGCUGAGGCUGGAGGACUACCAGGCGGGCAGGAAGGGUCCAACCAACCCGAUGGCGGCGCCGGCAGGCGGUAUGUUCGGUGCUGCCACGGCGACGUCCAGCGCCGCCACCGGCCUGUUCGGCUCCGCCGCCCCCAACACCAACUUCUCCUUUGGGCAGAACAAGAGCACCUUUGGAGCAGCAGCCCCGGCCGGGGGUUUCGGGGCCGCCACGGGGGGGCUGUUUGGGCAGCAGCCGGCUCCCCAACAAGCCAACAGCCUGUUCAAGCCGUUCGGCCAGGCCACCACCACCCAGAGCACCGGCUUCUCCUUCGGCAACACCAACACCAUGGGCCAGGCCAACACCAGCAGCAUAGGUUUGUUUGGGAACACGGCAGCGCCGCAGACGGGUGGGUUGUUCGGCGCGGCUCAGACGAGCGCCGCCACCGGCUUCGGGGCGGGCGCCGGGUUGUUCGGCGCAACCAACACGGGAUUCGGGACUGUCGGCACGCAGAGUUUAUUCGGUAAUAAGACCGCCGGGUUUGGCGCCACCACCACGAGCGCCCCGUCCUUCGGCACCGGCACCGGGCUGUUUGGGAACAAGCCCGCCCUCACGCUUGGGACGGGAACCAACACCUCCACCUUCGGUUUCGGUGCGAACCCUGCUGCCGGGAGUCUGUUUGGGAACAAGCCGGCCACCGGAGGACUGGGGGCGGCGCUGGGAACCAGCUUCGGAGCAGCAGUGGGCGCUGGACAGUCCUCUCUGUUUGGGAAUAACCAGGGUAAACUGGGAACCACGCUGGGAACGAUGGGAACUUUCGGAGGGGCUGGGUUCAACAGCGGAACCAGCCUGGGCUUCGGACCGCCGCAGCAGCCAAUCGGUGAGCAGCUGCACUCUGUCCGAGCCAAUCAGGAACCCUCAAAGGCUUCUGUUUCCUGUCAGCGUCUGAAACCGACCAAUCCAACGGCCCAGAAGGCUCUGACCACGCCCACCCACUACAAGCUGACCCCCCGACCUGCGACCCGAGUCCGCCCCAAAGCGCUGACGUCCUCGGGGGCCGCCAAGUCGCAGCUGUUUGACGGGCUGGACGACGACGAGCCCUCGCUCACCAACGGAGCCUUCGUUCCCAGGAAGAGCAUCAAGAAGCUGGUGCUGAAGAACCUGAACAGCAGCCAGUACAACAGUCCAAUCAGCGAAGAGACCGAUGACCUCGCUUCACCUUCAGAGUACCCACAGAACGGACACAGUCAUUUGGAGGAGGAGGAGAUGCCCGGUCCCAGCAGCCGGACAGACGACGACCCCGAGGUCACACAGUUCUACGUCAACCCCAUCGCCAAGCCGAUCCCGCAGGGCCGCAUCCAGACUAGUCUGCAGGACACGAUCAGUGAUCUCAACCUGCACAAACCAAUCAGGAACGGACUGGAGCUGAGCAGCGAGGACGUGUCUGCGUCUCUGGGAGACGAGUCUUUACAGGAGGACAGGGAGGAGGAGCAGCAGGAGUCCCAACAGUCUCCUCACCCAGCAGGCAUCGUCCUGAACCGGGUUGGGUAUUACACCAUCCCCUCCCUGGAGGAUCUGGCUGAGAUGGUGGAUGAAAACGGAGAAUGUGUAGUGGAUAACUUCACCGUGGGCAGAAAAGGCUACGGCUCCAUCUUCUUCCCCGGCGAGGUGAACGUGACGGGACUGAACCUCGACGAGAUCGUCCACUUCAGACGCAAGGAGGUCAUCGUGUACCCGGACGACAAAAACAAGCCUCCACAGGGGGAGGGGCUUAACAGGCGAGCGGAGGUGACUCUGGACGGCGUUUGGCCCAACGACAAGACGGCGUGCUCCCAGAUCCGGAGCCCCGAGCGUCUGACGGAGAUGAACUACGAGAGUCGGCUGGAGAAGGCCUCGCGGAAACAGGGAGCCCGUUUCCUGGAGUACAGGACCGAGACCGGGUCCUGGGUGUUCGAGGUCGCCCAUUUCUCCAAGUAUGGCCUCCAGGACUCUGACGAGGACGAGGACGUCCCGGCCAAGGUUGACCCCAAGAAGCUGAAGACGACGGUGUCCCUUCCCCCCUCCCGGCUGCAGCUGCACCUCCCCCCCUCCCAGCAGCAGGUGGCGCCACAGGCUCAGUCGACUGUUGUCGUGGAUCUUCCGGGCGGCGUGACGGAGUUGGACAGCGACAUGGCCGACAUCACUCAGAGCUUCCCGACAGAGAGCAUGCUGGGAGGAGAGGACGAGAGCGACCAGCUGUUACCGGGGGCGAUGGACGUGGCGAGCGGGAAGCUCGGAGGUUUGACCUACGCUGAGCUGGACGCCGUCUCUGCAUCCGGCCACAUGGCGUCCUCGCUGGGGAUCAACCCGCACGCACUCCAGAUCAUGAAGGCGUCUCUGUUUGCCGAGGAUGACGAGGAGAGCGACAAGUUCCAGAAUCAGGGAGCGAUGAAGACGUCUACGGACGUCUCGUCCCCUCGCCUCAUCCUGCCGGGACCUCAGGGCCGACCCACCGUGGGCGGUCUCCUUCAGACUCGUUUUACGUCCGGCCUCUUCUCUCAGCUGUCCGACUCCCCCCGUCCUCCUUCCCUGUCCCGGGGGUCUCCAGCAGCCACUGAUCAGUCCCGGUCGUUACACUGGGCCGGACCGGGCCCUUCAUCCUUCCUGCUGCCCCCCCGAGCUCCCGAGCCAUCGGUCCGGACGGUGGGCGUCCGGCGGCUGGGGGGCCCCGUCCCCCUCAAAGAGUCGGUCACUCAGGGGAAGGGGAGUUUGAUGAUGGAUGCCGCCCUGUUUGCGGGUCGUUCCUUUCGGGUGGGGUGGGGCCCCGGCUGGACGCUGGCGCACUGCGGCCACCGGCUGAGCUCCCCCCCCACCAAACCGCUCGACCGCCAAGAACUCACCAAAACGGACUUCAGCUUCCUGCCAAAACCUGCCAGGAAACCGCUGAUGGAGAGCCCCUAUAAGGUGGUGUUGGAGCAGCUGGUUGGUCUGGUGCCUCCGGCUGGAAAGAGCAGAGUGGAGGAAGAGGAGGAGGAAGAGGAGGGCCGGGCGGUGCUGCAGCGCCCCCUGGAGAUCUGUCUGAAGCACAGCGUCGUGGACACCCCCGACGCCUCCGCCUGCCCCGUGGUGCGGCCGCGGCCCGGCGUGGCGGCGCUGCACGAGUACGCCGAGUGGAUCGGAGACCUGGCCGACGAGCAACGGGACCACGACCCCAUCCUGGGUUACUGGGCCGAGGUCUGGACCUUGUGCGAGGCCUUGUGGGGCCGGCUGGGUCCCGCGGACCAGGAGCCAGAGGUUGAGCCGCCCAGCGAGUACGAGCAGCAGCUGGAGAGGAGGCGGACCUUCUCCGCCUGGCUGUCCCGCGGCGCCGCCUGCAGGGUGGAGGAGGAGGUGGCGUUGGUGGGGAAGGGCCGGCACACGGAGGCCGUCUUCAGCUACCUGACGGGGAACCGCAUCAGCGAGGCCUGUCGCCUGGCGCAGAAACAAGGAGACCACCGUCUGUCCCUGCUGCUGUCCCAGGCCAUGGGGUCUCAGUACUGCCGGGACCUGCUGGCCCUUCAGGUCUCCGACUGGAACCGCAUGCAGACCGACAGCUACCUGCCCGAGGAACGGCUGCGCAUCUUCACGCUGCUCGCCGGGAAGCCUGUGUGGCAGUCGUCGGACUCUGUGGUCAACGUGUGCUCUGAGUUGGACUGGAAGCGCUGCGUCGCUGUCCACCUCUGGUUCAUGUUGCCCCCCACCGCCUCCGUGGCGGACGCCCUCGCCAGAUACGAGGCCGCCUUCAAGGGCUCGUGUGAGGGGGGUAAGUACGCCUGUGCCCCCCUGCCCCCGUACCUGGAGGCGGUGCAGCGGGACAUGGAGGAGGAGGAGGAGGAGGAGGAGGAGGAGGAGUCCAAACGGCCGCUGCACGACCUCUGCUUCCACCUGCUCAAACUCUACAGUGACAGACACUACAGCCUGCAGCAGCUGUUGGACCCCCUGACGGUCACCUGGGAGCGCCUGGACUACCGCCUGAGCUGGCACCUGUGGGGCGUCCUGCAGGCGCUGCACUACAGCCACCUGAGCGCCUCGCGGCAGGGCCUCCUCCACGCCAGCUACGCCGCCCAGCUGGAGAGCGCCGGCCUGUGGGACAUGGCGGUCUUCAUCCUGCUGCACAUCCCCGACCACACUCAGCGGGAGCGGGCGGUGCGGGAGAUGCUGACCCUCCACGUCCCCCUUCAGGAGACGGCCCAGUCGGUCCGGAGGGAGCGCUUCCUGACCCAGAAGCUGCUGAUCCCGGAGCGGUGGAUCCACGAGGCCAAGGCCACCCGGGCCCGCCGCGACGGGGACCGGCACCAAGAGGCUCUGCACCUGUACCGGGCCGGAUACUGGAGCCAGUGUCACCGGCUGCUGAUCCAGCACCUGGCCUCAGACUGCAUCAUCAACGACAACCACGACUACCUGCUGGAGUUCCUGGAGGGGCUGGCGGUCCCUGAACACAGCGCCACCAUCCAGGACUGGGACACCGCCGGGAGGGUCUACCUGGACUACAUCCGGGUGGUCAAGACCCUGCAGGACAUCCAGCAGAUGGAGAACGCCGGCUACGAGCUGGAGCGUCUCUACACCAACGUGACGUCUCUGUGCAGCAGGAUCGAGCUCCUGCCCUGCAGCACCGCCAGGGACCGCCUCGCCCAAUCAGAGAUGGCGAAGCGUGUGGCGAACAUCCUGCGGGUGGUGCUGAGUCUGCAGCAGGGCGAGGCGGGCUCGGACCCCCUCAGCAUCCCCCUCAGCCAGCUGGCGCCCCACAUCACCCGCCUGCCGAUGCCCGAGGACUACGCGCUGGAGGAGCUGCGGGGGCUCACGCAGUCGUACCUGCGCCAGCUCAUCAUCAGCCAAUGAGGACGCAGAACAGACACGGGCGCAUCGCAUCAAUAAACGAGGGGUUGGCAUUUCAGCCAAUCA